AUGGAAAUUUUAAAGGAUAAACGAAAUAUUCGUUACGAAUAUGAAUUGGAUAAACUAAAAAAAAAAAAAAAAGAUAAUUUGUUAACAUUAAACAUUAUUAAUAACAAAAUAAGCUACAUUUGUUAUAUAUUAAAAAGCGAAUAUAGAAACAUUAUUAAUGAUGUCAAUUAUGAAAAUAAGAACGCGCUAGAAACUUGCUUUUAUUAUUGUAAAUCUUAUAUAUGCUUUUUACUUUUAUAUUACCCGUAUAUUCAUCACUACAUAAAAUGUCUAAGAAAUAAUGACUUGAGAAUAUAUAAAAAUUUUUAUAAGCAUAUAUUAAAUUUGCCCAAUAAUUUUUACACUCUAAUUUUUAAGUUAAGAAUAUUAGACGAAAUAAAAGCAAAAAACUGCUUAAACUCAAGUAACGAUUUUGACGACUUAAAAAAAAUUCACCAGGGAAGUAAUAAUAACGAUAACAACAAGACGAGUAGCUAUAACAACGGUAGUAACGAAUUCAGUAACACCGACAACUUAAGUCGUCAUAACAGUAUCAGUGUGUUAUGUGACAGCUGCAAAUACGAUUCAAGUGGUAGAUCUCCUCUUACACUUUGCACAGCAUACUUUUUUGACGUAUUUUCAAACGAAAAUUUUAUAAAAAUUUUAUUUUCAAGAAUAUACAUAAAGAAAUAUCAUGAACAAAAAAAGAAGAAAAAAAAAAAAAAAAAAGAAAAUAAUACUGCUACUAAUAAUAGUAAUAAAAAUGGUAAUAAAAAUGGUAAUAAAAAUGGUAAUAAAAAUGGUAAUAAAAAUGGUAAUAAAAAUGGUAAUAAAAAUGGUAAUAAAAAUGAUAAUAAAAAUGAUAAUAAAAAUGAUAAUAAAAAUGAUAACUCUGUGGUGGAAGCAAAAUAUGCCAACUCACUAGAAGAUGAAAAAAAGAAUAAUUUAUUGGAGAAGGAAAAAUGUACGAAGACUUUAGAAGGAAAGAAAAAAAAAAAAAAAAGCAAUUUUAAAAAACUUUAUUUUAAAACCCCAUUUUUUAAACAUGUUAUUAUACCAACGAUUUAUAUUAAUGAUUACUAUAACAAUGUAAAAACAUUAGUUAAAAAUAAACUUGUUAAAGUUAGGAAUAGAAAAAAAAGGAAAGAUAAAAUAGAUAACUACGUUCUCUUGUCAGAUAACAGUGGUAGUGUUAGCAGUGCAAAAAGUAUAAGUUGUUUAAGUAAUUCCUCUGAUGAAAAAGAAGUAGAUCAAUUUUUAAAAAAAGAAUUUUACUGUUCAUAUGAUGAGGAACAAAAUGAAAAACACGCAGAUGUUAUACCUUACGAUGUAUGUAAUGAAGAGUGCACACUGAAGGGAAAAAUGUCGAAUGACCAUUUGUGUAGUAGUGUUAAGCAAAUCAAUACAAGUGUAGUUGCUCGCAGGAACUGUAGUCGUGAUGAUAACGAGGUUAACAUUGAUGAUAAGGAUAUUGGUGAGGAGGACUAUAAUGCCAGCUUAUGUACUGGUAAGGGAGGUACAGAUGCCGAUGUUGUGUUGACCCAGCUGAAGGAGGAAGAUUGUAAGCCCUCGAAUGAUAACAUGCCCUUAUUAGGGAAAGACAUAAAUGAGCACUUUUUCGAAUUCGUAAAAAGUAAUAAAAAAAAAAAAAAGUCCUUAAAAGAUUUAGAAAAGAUUUACGGAAAUUAUGUUUUAAGAGAUAUACAGAAAAAUUUAAGUGAAAAAAAGGGAGUUGUUAACUGCAAGGAUAAAAUGUUUGUGCAUGAUGUAUGGAAGAAGUUAAUAAAUUUUAAUAUUAGGGAUGAUAAUGAAAAUACGUUAAUACAUAAAGCUUGUUUAAUUUCAAAUCUUAAUAUUAUUUUUCUUCUUUUAAAUUUAAACGUCAAUUUAAUAGCAUACAAUGAGAAGUCGGAGCUACCAGUGCACUGCACAUUGUACAAUUGUGAUAAGUAUAUUUUUUUAUUACUACUUCAUAACACUGUGGAGUAUCUUUUCUUCUUCCUUGCAGAACAACACAAAAGGCGGAAAAAAAAAGAAAAAGUUAAAGAAAAAGAGAAAAUAAACGCACGGACGCGUACACGGACACACAUGAACACAAGCAUAAACACACGUAUAGACACACACAUAGAUACGCAUGUACAUGUCCACAGUAACACAGCUAAUGAUAACAAUAUUUCAAAUACAGAUAGGAGGGGGACCAGUCAAAUGAAUGUUGUGGUUAAAAAUGAUAUAACAAUGAACCAUAAAGAAGAGAUUAACGAGGAGGAGGGAUUGACUAGAAAAAAAAGAAAAGAAAUAGACCUAAUUGAGCCUUCUAACGUUGGCAGUAAAGACAUCACUGCAGAUAUAAGUCUGUUCUAUGAAAAAAAUAAUGCGUGCUCACAGGGGAGCAGGGACGAUGGCUCUCUUUUGUUUAGAGGCAGAAUGGAAGAAAAUAAAAAUGAAGACAACAGGAAUAGUAGUAAUAAUAUUAGUUAUGGUAGUAGUAAUAAUAAUAGUAAUGGUAGUAGUAAUAAUAAUAGUAAUGGUAGUAGUAAUAAUAAUAGUAAUGGUAGUAGUAAUAAUAAUAGUAAUGGUAGUAGUCAUAAUAGCAGUAGAUAUAAUAGUAUCAUUUGUAAUAGUGCCAAUCGCAAUAGCGCUAAUCGUAAUAACUCUAGUCAUAAUGAUAUUAAUUUUAGUGAGAAAUACAUCAAGGACGACUUUUUUUUUUCCCAUUACAAUAAGAAGACAAAUAGAAAAUUUAUUCACAACGUUGUUAAAUUAUUUAUAAGUGUAAUUAUAAAAAUCAUAGAACUAGGAAAUUUUGAGUUUUUAAAGAUCCUUUUUAAUUAUAAUAAAUAUAUUUUUUGUUAUAUUGUGCAAAAAGAGAUCAUGUUUAAUUUCUUGUGCUCUUUUGCCAAUAUGUACAAUUGUGCAAACACGUUUAUAAAAUGGUGUGAUAACAUUAUUAGUCGGAACGUGCACAUUUCUAAUGUAUAUAAGAAGAAACAAAAUAAGAAAAGAAAAAAUGAGGACAUAAAAUAUCUCGAGGAGGAAAUGUUUUCCAUAAAGAAAAACAAAAAAAAUUCUGGAUUUUCAAACUGUUCAUUUCAUAUAAACAAUUAUAAAGAUAUAGAUAAUAUGUACAAUGGGUAUAAUGCAAAGACUAAUGAAUCAAUUAGUUGUAUUAGUUCUAAGGGAGGAAGUUAUAGUCAAAAUGUUGAUGAGCAUACUAUACAUGAAAAGUUAUUGGAUACGAAUUGCGCUUUGGUAGAAAAACAAAAGGAAAGGAAAAGAGAGCAAAAUAUGGUAGUAAAUAAUAUUAGAGUGAAAAAAAGAAAAAGUGUAAACUUUAUAAACAAUUAUAUUAUAAAAAAAAGAAUAAACAAAGAUAAUAGAUUAGAAAUAUUUUAUUCUAAUGAAUGUGUAAAACAUAUUUUUGUACCAGAACCAAGUGACUAUCCAUAUAUAAGGAACAAAAUUAAAAGUAACAUUCCAGAAAAUUCUAGUAGAUUAGAUGUAUUAAUUUCAGAUAAACAUGGAAUAUUAAAGAUGAAUACAUUUGUUAAUUUUAAAUUAAGGAGGAUUCAAAGAAAAGCUGUGGCUAGUGAUAUCUUAAGAGUACAUGACAUAUCCUACUUAAAAAUGUUGUUGCAUAAAAUGAAGAGAUGCACUUUAAAUGAAUAUGAUGAUACAUAUAACAACUUUUUACAACAAACAAAAAGAGAAAAAAAAAAUUAUUUAACCAUGUCGGCGCAAUAUAACAAUAGUAGUACUGAGCACAAGGCUUUAGAGCAUUUGCUAAUGCUGGCAAACAAUGACGAUAUUAGAGGCUUGUGUGAAGGAGCGGGGGAAAAUGCUCAGAGUGGAAGUAAUAAUGUGAGUGGUGAUAUGAAAAAUGGUAGCAUGCAGAAUGUCCAUGUUGAUAACAACAAUAUUAGAGGUGCUAAUACUGGGGAAGGACACGCGAUGGGAACUGCUGACGAAGCAAAGGAAAAAAAUAUAUUUAAUUAUGGUUAUAACGAAAGGGAAAAAUUGAAGGAUGAUUAUCAUAAAAAGGAAAAAUCAAACGAUGGUUAUCACGAACCCAAAAUAAGCAAUGAGGGCUCACACACAGAGCGUACUUGUAAGGAAUACUCUUACGAGAGAAAACGUAGUGAGGAAAUAUCAGAGGGAAACAGUAAAUCGAAUGAAAAAGUACCAAGUUAUAGUAAUACAGUAUACAUGAAGGAUAAUGUAGAAGUGAGGAAUAACAUUAGAAGGUGGAGUAGUAUGAGUAUUGGAAGGGAAAAAACUGAAAAAUUAGUACUAAUAGAUAAUGACACAUUUGUGAAUAAACAUUCUUUUAAUUGUGCACUAAAUGCAAGUGGUGUCGUUUUAAAAGCAGUUGAUUAUGUAUAUUUCAAAAAAAAAAAAAAAAAAAAAAUUUUUUGUGUAGUUAGACCACCUGGACAUCACCUAGGAACAUUUGGUGCAGCACAAUUUAAUUUAACCGAUGAAGAUAGAGCAGCAGGAAGUCAAGGGUUUUGUAUUUUAAAUAAUAUAGCUAUAGGUAUAUCAUAUGCGAAAUAUAAAUAUGAAAAAUAUGAAAGAAUUGCAAUCAUCGAUUUUGACAUUCAUCAUGGUAAUGGAACAGAACAAAUUAUUAGAAAUUUAGGAUUAAAAAAAAUAAGAGUUAAUAAUUAUGUUGAUAUAUAUAGUUGGAAAGGAUGGAGGGAUCAAAAUGACAGGAAAAAUAUUUUUUUUAGUUCCAUUCAUGCGUUUGAUGGUUAUUUUUAUCCUGGAACUGGUUAUGAUACAGUUGAGUUGGAACCUUAUAUAAUUAAUGUUACCUUAAAAAAAAAUAUGAACGAGCAAGAAUUUUUACAAUUAUUUCAUAACAAUAUUUUGAUUCAUUUAUAUCAUUUUAAACCCAAAUUAUUAUUCUUAUCAGCUGGUUUUGAUGGUCAUAAAUUAGAUUAUGUUAACAAUGGAUUUGUUAAGAAAAAUACAUCCACAUAUUUCUACUUGACAAAUUUAAUUGUAUCCUUACAAAAUCAAUUACAUUUCCCAAUAAUAAGUGUUUUGGAAGGUGGAUAUAACACUUCAAAUGAUAUGGCUUCCGUCUUUAGUUUGUCUGUUCUGGAGCACGUGCUGUCUUUCUACUACAGUGAUAUGUACUUCGUAUCGCAUAAAAAGAAGCGUGCUAACAGUGGAAGAACGGGCUCAAAGACGCCCAGAGUUAUUGGUAGUAUUACAAAUGGACGCAUAAAUGGAUGCAUAAAUGGGCGUGUAAAUGGAAGCGUAACAAAAGCAUGUGGCAGUAUUAUCCCAGACCAGUACAAGGAAACAACAGCUAACACAAAUUGUUUAAAAGGAGCGUGGAAGGAUGCAAAUUGCGCAAAUUGCGCAAAUUGCUUGGCCACACGUGGUGAUAUGAAUGUGAAAUAUAUGAAAAAUCAAAAUAAUCAGAAAAAACAAAAUAACCAAAAUAGCCGAAAAAAUCAAAAAGUCAGAAGAAAUUCUUUCCUCCGAUUUCCUCAUAUCAGUGUAGGAAAAAAUAAAAUACAUAUUAUGUUUACAAAUUACUUUACUGUUUUUAAAGAAAAAACAAGGGAAACCGAAAAUUUGCAUUUAACAGAACAAGUAACUGAAUAUAAGAAUUAUAUGAAAGAAUUUGACAAGAAAGAGAAUAAAAUGAAAAGGAAGGUAAAUAGCCUUUUAGUUAAACACAAAUUAUAUUUCGAAAAUUUACUAAAUCAAGGAAAUAUAGAUUUUUCCAGAAUGAAAGAGAUUAAAUUACCAUAUGAGUCGUACUUUUAUCAAGUAAUGAGCCAUUUUAAAAUUAAUUUGGUUGAAUGUAAAAAUUGUAAUAAUAAGGACACUCGCACUUUGUCAGAAGAAGCAAAUCAUUAUUUCUCUACUUUGAACAGCCCAUCGGAUUUUUCCAAUUUGGCAUCCGACCUCGCUCAGCGGCACCCAAAUACGAAAUUUGAAUUCAGGAAUUUGUGGAAGCCCAAGAAGAGUUAA